AUGGAGGAAGAUCGUCUGUUAGACAUUGUUGAUGCUCUGGUUUUGAAGGAGGGCUCUGAACUAGAGAUCAGGGUAGUUGCUAACCUUGCAAGAAGAUGUUUGAAUUUGAAUGGAAGGAAUCGACCAACAAUGAGAGAGGUCACAGCGGAGUUGGAGGCACUUCAAAUGGCAGAAAAAUCCUCUAAUACUCAACAAAAUUAUGAAGGUGUAGAAUUUGUCGAACAUAAAUCUAUUAAGCAAUGGGGUGCUGUUUCAAGCUCAACAGGAACAGGAUGGUCAGCUUGGGAUCGUGAUGGUGAUUAUCCAACUUCGUCAUUACUCGAACUUCCACAAUUAUCUGUGAAAACAUGGUGA